UUCUUCAUGCUACAGACUUUCAAUCCUUGAUGUAUCCCUGCUUCACUUUCUGCCAUAUUCUCGGAAUGUUUCCGUACAACAUCAACGCUUUGACUUUCGAGAUUUCAAAACCGAAGUACAUCCUGUCCACCGUCGUUACUUGCGUUUGCUGUAUUUUCGACUUGGCAAUUCUUUAUAGUAUUAUUAUUUCUAAAGCCAUCAACUAUGAAGACAUAAUUAGCAAUCUAGAAGCUAUAAAUUAUUUUAUAUUUAGCGGUUUCAUACUAAUCAUGACGCACAUCUUGACCGGCCCGAGAAUGCGCUUAUUACAAACUAUUUUAAAGAUUUCUUUGAAAUUAUCACGAGACUCAUUUCAAAAGUUGUCUAAAUUGGUCCAUCUCAAAGACAUCUUGGGUAACAUCUUUUUAUUUGUGAACACAUGGAUGUACUUUUAUAAAAAGCAAUCAAUCCAAUAUAAAUCCAAUUAUUUAAAUGUCUUUGCUAUAAUAUUUGGAACAUACAUUGCCUUAGUGGCGCUUCAAAUGAAUUUUAUGUAUAUGAAUUGUGUUUACAUAUUAAAAGCCUGUUUUAAAAAAAUUAAUGACAGAUUGUCGCAUAUGCAAAGGCUUAUGAUAAACGAUAUAAAGUCAUCUGUUCCCAGAUCGAGCUAUCACAUUCAAAGAAAUCAAUUUUUAUUGAUAGAAAUUAAGACUAUAAAGAAGCAGCAUUUAAUGGUUAGCAAUGCAGUACAGAUGUUGAAUAUGGUUUUCAGUUUACAACUUCUUGCUGUUGUAACCAUAACCUUUGUUGAAACCACUUUUGAACUGUACUCAUAUGUAGUGCGAUGGCAAGGUAAAGUGUUCAUUAGUCUUGACAGACGCCUUCUUGAUUGUUUCUUAACAACUAUGUCCUAUUACGCUAUAAAACUGGCGCUACUUGUGUGGUUCUGUGAGACUGGCAAGAAUCAGGCCCAAGAAAUUAGUACCAUUGUUCACGAUGUGAUAAAUAGCACCAGUGAUGAACAAAUUAAGAAUGAGUUGCAGCUCUUUUGCUUACAAAUAUUGCAUCGAAAAAAUAUAUUUUCCGCAAAAGGUCUUACUAUAGAUGCGACGCUUCUCACAGGAAUAGUGGGUAGUAUUACCAUAUAUAUGUUAAUCUUAAUACAAUUCUUGAUCACAAUGCAUUCUUGCGAAUAAAAUACUACUA